UUUCAUUUUCCCUUGCAAUUAAGAUAAUAAAACGAUGGAGAUAUCUGAACUGCAGAGUCAACUGAUCAUUCUUCAGGAAGAGCUAAGAAAAGUGAAGCAAGAAAAACAAGCAGCGCAAUCAGAGAUUGCGGCGGCCAGAGAAUCAGAGGAGAGAAUGCUAGACUCCCUCAUCUCUCAAACCAAAAUUCUCGAACAAACAAAGAUCUCCCUCGAAGAAGCCAAGCUCGAGAUCAGUCACCUCCGUUCCACCAUCCCAGUCAAAGGCAGCCCACAAAGAGAAACACAGAAGCUCCGUGCUGAGCUCAAACGAGCAUUAACUGCUGAAAUAAAGAGCAAUAAGGCAUUGGAUGAUCUCGCCAUCCUCCUCAAAGAGGUUACCGCCGAAUCCAAUCAUGCGAAAAGAAGCUAUUUCCAGGCUCAGUCAGAGCUCGAGAGAUUACGAGCAGAAAUGGAGGAGUCAUCGGCUACAUGGAGAGCAAAGGAGAACGGAUUAAUCCAAUGGAUUAAGAUAUCUGAAGAAGAAAUUUCAUGCACGAAAAAAGAGAACAAGAGACUGACCGAAGCUAGAAAAGCCACAAGGCAGGAGAUAUCGAAUCUCAGAGAUAUCGUAAAGCAAGCCAUUAAAGAAACCAGCAUUGUCAAGGAAGCGUUGGAGAUAACACGCAACGAGAAUGCCCAGCUCAAGAACUUGCUGUCCGAAAAGGAAAACAACUUCGAAACCGUCAAACAGAACUCUAGGGUGACGAGGAGUGCUCAGGAACUUAGUGGACUAAAUGAUUUGAAUUUGUCGAUGGAUUCCUCUGGAUUUGGUUUUGAUUCUUUUGACGGUGAAGGAGGAGGAAGGCCGCCGUUGGUGAAGUACCCAUCAGAUAACUGGAGCGCACGAUGGAAAUCAAUAGGGGACUCGAAUGCAAAGUUGCUUGAGGGGUCUAUAUUCGAUGCGCUCGCUCCUUCGAGCCCGAGAAGAGAGCAUAAUGGAGGUUUCGGUGAGCAGGAGACGUUUCAGAUGAAUUCACCAAUGGCGAUGAAGAAGAAAAGGCAAGGUUUUCGGUUAUUUGGAAGCAUGUUGAGGAUGGGAAGCUUUCACAAGUAGUUCCCAGCAGGCUGUUACUGUUCAUUUACUGCUAAUCUAUUUUGUGAUGAUGUUUGCUGUGACAAGCGACAUAUUGGUAGUUUGGUAUCUAUUUUGUUGUGAAUUUGACAUAAUCUUGAAUUU